AUUUUCAAACAUGCCGAUCGACCUGUAUUACAUGGACGCUAGCGCCCCUUGCCGUUCCGUUAUGAUGACCGCCAAAAUGGUAGGCGUCGAGCUGAACCUGAAGCCUCUCAAUUUGUUGACUGGAGAGCAUAUGAAACCCGAAUUUCUCGCCAUUAACCCGCAACAUAACAUUCCGACCAUCGACGAUGAUGGCUUCUACUUGAAUGAGAGUAAAGCUAUUAUCGCCUACCUUGUCAACCGCUACGCGAAGGAUGAUACCCUCUGCCCGAAGGAUCCUAAAUUCCGUGCUUUGGUCGACCAGCGUCUUUAUUUUGACAUGGGCGUCUUGUAUCGUCGUUUCGGCGAGCUCUAUUAUCCAGUCAUAAUGAGCGGUGCUACCAAACUGAGCGAGAAGACCAAAAAGGAACUCUCUGAGGCGAUUGAUUUCUUGGAAGGCUUUCUGGGUAGCAACAAAUAUGCGGCAGGUGAUCAUCUAACUAUUGCCGACAUUGUGUUAGUUUCUACCGUGUCCACUAUUCAGGUAGUAGACAAGACUCACCUUGAAAAUCAUCCAAAGAUUUUAGCCUGGCUAGAAAAAUGCAAAUCUGAAAUUGUUGAUUACGAAGAAUGUAAUCAAAAAGGUGCUGAAAUGUUCGGUCAAUGGGCCAAUUCCUCUCUGUCCAAAUUGGAGUCAGCAUAAUCUCCAUCUUGACAUUAUUCAGCAUGUCAAUGCCUUUUUUUCCUGUUCAAAUUAAGAAUUUCACUUGAAAUUUUUAAAUUCUUUAUGUACGAAAAUAUGUUUUACCUGCAAAUGAUGAAACAUCACGUUAACAAUAUAUCGUAUUAUGAGCUA